GUGUCAAAAUGGGUAAAACCCAAAAAUGUCUAGAAAAAUUGUUUGCCGUGCACUUUCUUGUUUUCAACCAAUUUCGCGCCAUUUCCGUUACGAUCCUGCCGGCAUCCGUCGCGAGUAAAAAAAAGUCCACGAUUUUUCUGUGUUUCGGCUCCAGACCACCAACAUGUUUUCCAUUGUGGGCGAUGGCUUCAAGACACUGUUUCUUCAGAUGCACUGCCAAAUCGGUGGCGGGGGUCCGCGCCUCGGUCCCAACUCCGACGUGGCUGCUUACCGCGAUUUUGUCCUGCAGAACCAGGCCCUCAUCGACGUUCCGGAAAGGGGCAAGUGCAACCGGUGGGCCUCCGAGCUACGCCAGGAAGGCAAUCGGCUGUUUUUGAGCAGGAAAUUCGACGACGCGCUGGCCAAGUUCAACGAGAGCAUCUGUGCGGCGGAACCCGGGACGGAACAUUUGGGAAUGGGUUUUGCUAACCGGUCUGCCGUUUACUACGAGAUGGACGAGUACGAGUAUUGUUUGGCCAAUAUUGAACUUGCCAAGCGAAACCACUAUCCGGAGAAGUUUGCGCCGAAGCUGGAGGCCAGGGAACUUGCGUGCAGAGCAAAGCUUGACGAUGGCCAAUCGAAGGGAACGACGCUGAACCACAGCAUUGGCCUCAACGUGAGUCCCAAUCCGAAGAUUCCGUUUAUUGCGGAUGGAAUCGUUAUGAAGCGAUAUCCUGGGUUCGGACGAGGGCUGGCCGCUGAGAAGGACUUCCAGCCGGGCAAUAUCAUCUUGGAAGAGAGUCCGAUGCUUACGCUGGUCGGUUCCCGGUACAACUAUUGCAACAAUUGUGCCGGCUCCUUCCAGGGUUGUCUGAUUCCCUGUCCGGGUUGCACUUCGGCAAUGUACUGCAGCGAAGAGUGCCUCGGAAAGGACUAUCGAUUCUGGCAUCGAUUCGAGUGCGGCCUUGCGGAAAAGUUACAGAACGUCAUGUUCGGUACAAUGGCGAUGGCACCGAAGCGUUUCUUUUUCGGAUUGACAGCGUUCCGUGAUGACAUCCAGGAAAUGAUGACCUACUGCGAGGAGUCGACCGACUCUAACGAUGAUCCGUUUGUUGUCGAUCACACCAAUCAAGAUCAACUGGAGCAAUUCAAGGUCCUGCACCAAACCAAACUCAAUCCCUCGAUGCCAGAGUUGGAGUCCGUAAUGCGCCUCAGUGCAGCCACAUUUUACGCCAUUUUUAUGAAACAUCCGCUUGUCAAACAACUCGUCACUACCGAUUCCCAGAAGGACUUUAUGCUGCGCUGCAUCUUCGACUACAUCCGCAAAGAUACAGCCCUUUCGUUGGACAGCAACGAAGUCGCCACCUGUACCACCAUCAGUACCUUGUCCACAAUCUCAUCGCUGGUCAACCACUCGUGCGAUCCGAACAUCAUCAUGCAUAUCCGCUACGGACGGAUUCGGUUCUGGGUGUUGCGCCCAAUCCGCAAAGGAGACCAGAUUGUCGCCUCGUACGGCCCGACUUGGUGGGACCCACAACCAAGCUACAAGUCCAUCUUCAAGUGCAGUUGCCCGGUGUGCGAUGAAGGCAGCAAUUGGAGCAUCCACGAAGAAAAACUUCCGGCAGCGGUCCAGGAACAGCUUGGCGUGAAAAUUUUCGGCGUGAAUAAUCCAGAUAUCGACCAGACGAAUGUGCUCAAACAUUUGCACCACUUCUUCACACAGUACGGUUAUCUGCAUCCGAAUGCAAGCUUUGGACCAAAGUUGGAUGUGUGCAAGUUUCUUAUUAUCGGACUGAUUCAUCGUGGAUCGUUCACGUUGGAGCGAGCCAAAGUUGCAGCAGCACAAGGACUGAUUAAUUGAUGACAACUUUUUCAAUACUAUUCCCUUGAUUUUAUCACUGGUUAAACUUAAUUACUUAAGAAAGGAACAGAGUGUUUUGUAAGCUAUGAUUUAAACAUAUUGAUAACAAAUGAUCAAAUAAACGGCCUUUCAGUCAGGCAUGAUACUGCUGUGGAUGUACCUGAG